AUGAACGUGUUUGCCAAACAUUUGAGUUACGAGCUCCUGGCAGAGGUCGGACAAGGCUCCUUCGGGAAAGUGUACAAAGCCCGACAGGUGGGCGACGAACAGCGCCUCCUGGCGGUGAAGAAGUUCAACUUUCGCUGGGACGCGCCGGAGAUGGGAAUCCCUCCCUUCAUGAUCCGAGAGGUGGCGCUGCUGCGCAAGAUGGGCUACUUCAACCAUCCCAACAUAGUCAAACUUUUGGAUGCGUCCGCUGUACCCGUGGGCUCCACCCUGGACCUCACUCUGGUGUUGGAAUACAUCGACCAGGACCUGUCCACUUACCUCUCAAAGGUUCCUCCUGCGGGACUUGGCCGUGACCAGAUAAAGGACGUGAUGCUGCAGCUGCUGCAGGGCCUGGACUUCUUGCACACCAACCUGGUGCUGCACCGCGACCUGAAACCGGAGAACGUCCUGGUCAGCAGCCAAGGGGAGAUCAAGAUAGCCGACUUUGGACUGGCUCGGAUGCACGCCUUCAAUAUCGCUCUGACUCCAGGCGUGGUGACGCUGUGGUACCGGGCUCCGGAGGUGCUGCUGAACUCUGUUUACAUGUCCUCUGUGGACAUGUGGAGCGCUGGCUGCAUCUUUGCCGAGCUCUUCCUCUUGAGGCCACUGUUUAAGGGAUACACAGAGGUGCAGCAGCUGCAGAAGAUCUUUGAGGUGAUUGGUUUGCCCAGCAGGGAGGAAUGGCCUCUGGACAGCCCCAUCUCGUACUCGGAGAACUGGGGACCCAGAGGCUCCUGCACCGAGCUGCUGCCCAACCUGGACCCAGACGAGAACGACCUGCUGUCUCAGUGUUUGCUAUUCAGCCCGAGCUGCCGGAUCUCAGCUGUCAAAGCCCUGGAUCAUCCUUUCUUUGCAAAGAACUGAUGACAUUUGGUGGGAUGAGGAGAGGAAGGAGGGAGGAAAACAGCUAUCGCUGAUCGGUGAUUCUGCAAGCGACUGGUGUGCCGUAAAAUCCACUGUGCACUUUGCCCAGAGCGUGGCUUGUUCGGUGUCACUAGCAUCAUGAGAAACUGCGGUCAGGAGGGAGAUUUUGGAGCGUUUUUGGAGAAACAAGUUAAGCUGGACUUGGAGAACAUGGUACUUAAACCACAAAAAUGACAAAUCCCAAAACUCAGAAUCGUUUUGUGUACUCUGUUUUUUCAUGUGUACAUCUGGGUGGAGGAACAGUAGGUUGUUCUUUGAGUUGGGUUUCAGUUAUAUGUGAAAGAGUUCAGAUUAAAGGUAGAGUUACUUUGUUGCUGAGAGUUUUUGGAGAAACGUAGGCUGUUCCACACGCUACGGACUAGCUAUUAUGCACACUUUUAAGUUGAUGAGUUAUAUUGUUUCCGUUUUACUGAAUAUUUUCAUCAUUGGCUCACAUGCAUCAGUGGAAGUGCAAAGCUAUUUUAUAUGAUGUAUUUUCUUUGAUUUUUCUGAAGAUAUUUAUGGUGCCAUCAAAACAGAUUGCACCUGUAUUUAUGUUUAAAUUAACAGAUUGCACAUGAUAUUUUCUUCCGGAGUUACACUGUUUGUACCAGAUGCAUUUCUAUAAAUGUCUUUCACAUCUGCCUGGGCUUUUUAAUGAACCAGCUUUGGUUUUACCUGAAGUCAUGAAUGUGGAGUUCCGCUGCAUGAAGGAAAGAGGGCGCUGUUGGUACACGGGUGGCAGUAGAAGGGCCAAUCCUCACCCUGCGCCUGGCUGAUCCCUCAGAGUCAUGUACAUUAGAUUUUGAGGAAUUUGAGUUGCCACUUUUGGUACUUUGGGCAUCACUUCCUCAUUAGCUGGUGCUUUGGCUGAUGCUCACAGCCAGUGAAGUCUGUCAUGGAGGUUUCCAACGACGCGGAGCAGCCGUGCGUCUGACAGGCUGCUGCCAGCACGACAACAAAGCGGAAAAGCACCGAUGGGUAAAGCUGACACUCUCUCGGUUGACUCUCCUGUACAGUAAAAGGGGGCGUCCCUCGGUUUCGGCCGGCUAUUUAUACUCUUUCCCCUUAAUGCGGAGAGCCGUCCCCAGCUGCGACUGUGACUACAUUUGGAGCGACUCGCGCCAGAGAAGGAUCAGUGGGGAG